GCUGCGGUCUGGUGCAGUUCCAACCUGUCAGAAGGGAGGCUCAGUCCUUGGCUUUGCAUCAAAUUAUUGUCUUUUGGCAAUAACUAAACACUCAGAAGUCACUGGGAUACUAAGCAACAGCAGCAGCCAUGGAUGAAGAAUAUGAUGUGAUUGUCCUGGGGACUGGACUUAAGGAAUGUAUCUUGUCUGGAAUCAUGUCAGUGAACGGGAAAAAGGUGCUGCAUAUGGACAAAAAUUCCUACUAUGGAGGGGAAAGUGCUUCAAUAACACCUUUGGAGGAACUGUUUAAAAGGUUCAAAGUUGCUGGUGGUCCUCCAGAAUCUAUGGGAAGAGGCAGAGACUGGAAUGUUGAUCUGAUACCCAAAUUCCUUAUGGCAAAUGGACAGCUUGUUAAGAUGCUGCUUUACACAGAGGUCACCCGUUAUUUAGACUUCAAGGUCGUAGAAGGAAGUUUUGUCUACAAAAUGGGGAAAAUCCACAAAGUUCCUUCUACAGAGACUGAAGCUUUAGCUACUGAUCUUAUGGGCAUGUUUGAAAAACGCCGUUUCCGAAAGCUCUUGUUAUUUAUCGUUGGCUUUGAUGAGAAUGACCCUAAAACUUACCAAGGCAUUGAGCCCAAAAAGACCACGAUGCGAGAAGUCUACAAGAAGUUUGACCUGGGGCAAGAUGUCAUUGAUUUCACAGGACAUGCAUUGGCUCUUUACAGAACAGAUGAUUACUUGGAUCAGCCAUGCCUGGAUACUAUCAAUCGAAUUAAAUUGUACAGUGAAUCAUUGGCUCGAUACAGCAAGAGUCCCUACCUCUAUCCACUGUAUGGACUUGGAGAGCUGCCUCAAGGCUUUGCUAGACUGAGUGCCAUCUAUGGGGGCACUUAUAUGCUCAACAAACCGGUGGAUGAAAUUGUGUUUGAAAAGGGGCGUGUGGUUGGUGUUAAGUCUGAAGGGGAGAUUGCUCGUUGCAAGCAGCUGAUUUGUGAUCCCAGUUACGCACCCACGCUGGUGAAGAAAGUCGGGAAGGUCAUCAGGGUCAUUUGCAUCCUCAGCCAUCCAAUCAAAAACACUAAUGAUUGUAAUUCCUGUCAGAUCAUCAUUCCACAGAUGCAGGUUAACAGGAAGUCAGAUAUCUAUGUUUGCCUCAUGUCGUACACGCACAACGUGGCAGCUGAAGGAAAGUAUAUUGCCAUCGUUAGCACCACUGUGGAGACCAGCAAUCCUGAGAAGGAGGUUCAGCCAGCAUUGGAGCUUCUGGAACCCAUUGACAAAUCAUUUGUUUCAAUCAGUGACUUGUACCAGCCAACAGAUGAUGGAAAAACAAGUCAGAUUUUUAUCUCUAGUUCUUAUGAUGCAACCACCCACUUUGAGACCACCUGCGAUGACAUAAAGAGCAUCUACAAACGGAUGACAGGCACCGACUUCGACUUUGAGAACAUGAAACGCAAACAGAACGAUGUGUUUGGAGAUGAUGCGUAGUAUAUGUACUCCAAGUCGUGCUCUCUUCUUCAACAGCGCUUUCACAUGAGAAUACUGACAAAACUAUUAGUGGGUUAGAUUGUUAUUUACAGAGAUACGUGCAGUUGUCCAAAGAAACUCCUGCCUCUUCGAUCUGGUUUUCAAAUCUUCUGCUUCUCUUCAGGUUGGGGGCGGGAGGGUGAGGGGGAAAUGAGUCAAGAUUCCAAAUUUAGUUUGGCCAGUGGGAUCCUGUUCAAAUUCUGCGUGGGUAUCAUACAUGAGUGAUGCUAUUGCAGUGAAAUCAGUCUCAAGGCCCAGCUACAUAAAGAUGAGGUCUCCCUUUGACUAAAUGCCUGGUAUUUGUAUGUGAAUAAUGUUUACUGCUUCCUAUGAGUGCUCAAUACCAUUGCUGUGGAUCUUCCCUGCUCUGGCCCAGCCUCCAUGCAGAAAUGGAUCGACUAACUAGGCAUCCUUUUACCCAUACAUUUGUACCUAACGCUACAAAUGCAUGGGUAACUCCACUGAUGAAUCCUGUUAACCGUUGAUAUUCAGUGAACCUUUCUAAUCAGUGGGAAAAUGUGAUUAAUGUAUGGUUAGUUUAAAUGGGUAAGCACAGACUCAGUGGGCCAAAGAGUCCAUUUCCAUGCUGUAUCAUUCUAUGAUUUUUAUUUAUUGGGAAACAUACACAAAGCUUUCAAAUUUAAUGCCUGUGGAGGUGUGUACCAUCCCCUUUCCAUCAGUGCUAAUUGAAGAAUAAAGAGUGAUAUUAACACGGAAGCUUUUUAUGGGGAAUAUUCUGAAGCAUUGGGGUAUUUUUUCAAUGCUUUGGCAGAGGCUAGCACUUCUUGGUUUUACUGAAAGAAGGCCACCCUUUCCCCUUCCUAAUUCUCCGCCCGCCCCCCCCCCCCCCACCCCCCCACCCUUCCCUGAGCACAGGUGAGCCGGAGGCAAGUUGCAGCUACCCAAGGGAAGAACACUGAGCAGAGGAUCGGAAAGCUGAAGCUCCUCAUUCUCAAAAAAGUUGCCUCAAGUGUCCUUCUCAAGUUGCUCAAGUUAACUGCAACACAGCAGCCCAGGACUGAAUGAUGCAGCAAUGGAUACUUAACAUUAUUCCUUUGACUUUUGUCAUGGGUUGAAAAAUAUUUAUGCAGUCGUGCCCUCAAUAGUUUGUGUACAAGUCCAUAGAUUAUGUCCUGUUUGAAAGAAGAGUCAAAAAGCCACUUUGUUCUUUUAGUUUUCUCUCACUAUUUUCUUGUAUUUUUAACACUAAAUUGGCUGAGCACUGGUUGUAAACAGGUUUCACUUUAAUUAAGAAGUUUUUUUUGUGUCCAUUCAUCACCAGGCUGAUCUAACUGAAUACUGGAAAUGUAGAAUGAAGCAGAGGCAGGAAGAAAAGACCAGAAUCCUGUGAGUUGUUGUGGGUUCCAGAAACUAGAUCCCAAAGAAGUUUAUAAAUCGACUAAUUUUUGUAAUGGCAGAAACAUUUUCUCAUGUGAAAGAGCAAGUAGACUUGUUUUAAUUAAGAAUUAAACUCUCUUGUUUAUGAUGUGAUAUAACUGGAUUUGAGUCUGUGUAUGGAUAUAGCUCCUUAGUAUCUCAUCCUUUAUAGAGUUAUUGCCUUGUAGCUGAGAGCUUGCAUUUUACCUGUGGUGGAUACACCUACUUCCUUGCACAUACAUUACCCCACAUCUCCUGUAGAGUAAAACUGGAAAUGACAGUCAGCUGGUAAUUUAACGAUGCCCACACACUGGUUAACCAGAGGAACUCCAGUCAGCAUUAACUAGUUCUGCUUUGUUUCUGUCUUCUAAGAAGCCGUGUACACAUGCAAGGCAAAAUAUUCCCGUGACAGAAUGAUAACUUUAUUACCGUCAUUAUGAUUACCUUCAUAUUUGUCUUGUUAGUUCAGUUACUGGGUUCUCUGGUCAGUUUCCUAACUUGCGAUUUAUUCUUAAUUGGGAAUUUACAGUAAACCAUAAUAUAUUUUUCUUUGUCCGUACAAUCUGGGGACCUCUUGAUAGACUGAGAAGAACCAAUGAAUACUAUUUGGAGGAGUUGGGUCAGAGUAGGAUUUGGAGUAUUUCUUUUGUGUCAGUAACUUGGAUUCGGAAGUUGAAUGCAAAGUGGUCAGUUUUGCAUGUGAUACCAAAGUAGGAAUGACCUGUUAAUAAGGCAGUGACCUGGACAAGAUGCAUUAAUGAGACAUUGGGAAGUGUUUCACUUUGUAGUUAAAAUGCAAGAUGAAUUAGUUAAAGACCAAGUUGAAAGAAAUCUCAGAAUUUUAUUAAAAUUGAUGAUAAAUAUGCAUGCAGUACAGGUGAACAAACACCAAGCUCAACUUCUUGACAAAUAUCGCAAAUACUGGGCAUCUCAGUGGCUCAGCGAGCAGAGCCGCAACCUCCCAGUGUCAGAGACCCGGGUUCGGUGCUGUUGGUUUUUUGUUUCUACAACUCUUAUUUCAAGUUAAUUAUUCUUUCAAGGUGAGAUUUCCAAGGUUUUUUGUGUAGAGUUUGCAUGUUCUCCCUGUGACCAUGUGGGAUUCCUCUGGGUGCUCCAGUUUCCUCCCAUAUCCCAAAGACUUGCAGACUGGUAGGUUAAUUAUUCGCCACAAAUUUCCCUUUGUGUUAUAGGUGAGUUGUAGAAUCUGGUGGGGGUGGUGGUUGAUGAGAGUGUAUAGAGGAAAAAACUGGGGUCAAUGUUGGUGGUUAGCACAGACUUGAUGGGGUGAAGGGGCUGUUUGUGUUCUGUCUCUCUGUGAAUCUAUAAUUCCAAGUUGGAGGAAAUAAUCAAAACUCUGCUCUGGUCACAGGUUCUGAGCAUUACAUCCAUUUCUCUUUCCUAAUGAGGAAAUGGUAUUUUGUGCAUUACAGCCCUAAGGCCAAAUUCCUCAUUAUGCCCACUGACCUCUAACCCUAGUGUCCAGGGUUAAUUCUGAGCCAGGCUUAGGAAGAUUGGGGCUUUACAUCUCAACAGUUUGUUGAGAGACAAACUGUUAAGAGAAAGUUAACGGUUUCACCUGAAGUAAUGUACUGUCAGAAUAGAAUAAGGGGACAUGGGCUCAAAUUAGGUCAAGGAAAUUUUAUGACAGAUAUUGGAAAUCUCACCCUGAAAGAAUAAUUAACUUGAAAUAAGAGUUGUAGAAACAAAAACGGUGUGGAUUGCUUAAGAAAUAUUUGGAUGUUCAACUGAGAGAUCUUGGUGGAUGGGUGAAUUUAGAUAAGCCACAUGAAUCUGGUUAAUUUGACAAUGGUGUCUAUGCAUAGCCCAGAUGGGGAUCCUGAAUACUCUGGACCUUGACUUUAAUAAAUGACAACAGAGUUAAUAGUUCAAACACUUUCUUGGAUAAACAUCUGCAUAAGUGAGUUUUCUACCACUUGAAAAUUCUGACUAGUCACCUGUACAAAAAACAGCCAAGAAGAGAACUGUUAGCUACUUAAUUGGUACUGCUAAUUUCAUGUGAGCAGUUGAAAAUUGGUUGCUUAACUCAUAGUAAUAAUUUUAAGUUUAUUUCUUUUGGUGGAGCAACGUUUCAUCAUUGCGGAGGAAGGUUACGGGGAGGAGUUUUCCUUUGGAAGAUCAUCCAUUGUGUCAAAGGCUAAACUUGUCACAUGAUUACUAAUUCUAAAAGUUUAAAAUUUUUCAUUCCUUUUAUCCUGUCGGAGUGAGAAAUGAUGUUGGUAUUUGGUUCCUGAUUUGCUCCACCUAAUAUAUUGACUUAGUCAAAAAUGUCACUGUUUAAAUAAUCUUAUUGGCCUCUCAGCUCCCCAGUGUAUCCGAGUUGCCCUACUCCUGAAGCUUUGCUGGCAAAACCUUCCACUUCAGCUUCACCUCAUCUAGUCAAAUGAGACUUGAGUACCACUGGAGAGUUGGCGUACCUUCAUGUUGAAGGCCAGAUGUUCCUAUCCAUCUUGCAUUUUUGUAUGGUGCAAUAUGACACCAUCUCAGAUCUCACUGAGAGUUUGAGUAUGAUAUCACUACAAAUCCCCGUCAUUACCCAAUAGAUUGUUGUCAGUAACAUAACUACUUUUUAAACCAAGUUGUUAGAGUGAAUGAGACUACUUUACCUCCUACAGCUACACAAUAUAGUGUAAUGGGUAAUCAAAGAACAUUGUCAAAGGCCUGUGGUCCAAUCAAAAGACUAAGAGUAGAGUUCCUGAUGUAAUGGUAGAGAACAAUAAAAACGAAUCAAUUGGUUACUCAUAAGUUUACUGUUUGUGGGACUAUGUCUCAAACUGUCUUGUUGGCUUAUAUAAUAGUGAUUCACUUAGAAAUAUGCUUAUUGGUUCUGGAUAUGUUACGUGCAGAGGACUUGAAAGACACUACCUGAAUGCAAACCCAAAGGCCUUGAAAUGAUGAACCCGCUUCUCAAAAUCAUGACUUAACUGGCAGAAAAAUCCUUGCUGCAGAAGUUCUGGGCUGUAACACCUCUGACCUUUUCUCCCCCUCGUUAAUUUUCAAUUGACACUGGUAAAAGCAACCUCCCCUUGCAGUUUUCGACACUGUGUGCGCUGGCAGUCUGAUUUGUUUGAAAAGGGAUCAAGACCAUGUUUGUAGUUCAGACAAGCACAGUUUGCAGCAGAGAACUUUGGAUAUGAUAAGAGAACCACCAUUUUCCCACCACCACCACCACCACCCUUCCACCUCAUCGUACCCUCAACUCUUUGCAUACUGUGCCCAAGUCAGGUUGGGAUUUCCUUGGUGUGGCUCUGUGUUGUGUAGAUAAUGUGGUCUAUUGAUUUAUUAGGGCCCUUCACCAUCAAAAGCGGGAAACAAAAGGGUGAGACCACUGACGGCCAGAAUUGUGUGAUCACAGUGCCCUGUCAGUCAGUUGUUUGUUAAUUACAUUCAUUCAUUUUAAAGAUAGUUGUGCUAUAAACAUGAUAAAGCUAAUGACCAACUUCAAAGGUUCACAUCUAACAGUUCUGUCGGAAUAUAUGCUUGCUGUGUGUCCACCGUUGCUCUCUGAUGUAGAAAUGCCAGUCUUAGAUGGCUUGUGUAUUGCUCUGUACUGUAAACACUGUUGUUGUACGAAAAACCUGAGAACAUUCUCCUACCCUGACCUGAAUUAUCAAAUAUUAAAGUAUUUAAAACUAA